UACCACCCCUUUCCUAACGCGCUUUUCAUGCCUGCCCCGUUUUACGAAUUCUCCUAGGGCGGUUAUCAUCCAAUUGUAACACCCACUUUGCAUAUCUCUAUCUCAUAACUUUUAUCCCACUCUGGAUCUCUGGAAAAUAGUACUGGGUUCAAUCUUCUCAACUAUCCACUUUCUCACCAAGCCGUCCCUUUCUAUAGUCGAGUACGGCAUUGCAUUGUCAUUGUCAAUCACAUAAAAACUCAAAAUGUCUUCACCGUCUAGCCGCCGUCUGCGGAGUUCGCAAGCUAGUACUCCAAGCCGAAAUACACGAAGUUCUCAAGCUGCUCGUAGCAGUCCUGCCAACGGUGGCCCGUCCCAAAAUCAAAAUGGAGCGCAAGAUGGGAAUAAUCUUGACGUAUCUCGUCCAUCGCAGUUGGCAUCAAGCCCUUUAUUUUACCAGUCUUCUCCCGCGAAUGGAAACGAUAGAAGCUCCCCUGCUUUAAGACAUAAUACCGAUAGCCAGAGCACCCUCCCCAACCCUGACGCCGCGCCUAGCUCACCGUUGGGCCGCAUGGGAGAAAGCGAUGGCGAUCGCACACCGAGGGCUAGAUCACUUAUGGGUGAAUCGUCGCCUAUCCGAUAUGAGCCGAGCUCGAGUCCCGGACGUGGUUUACACCCGCAAUCCGAUCUUCGAAGCGAAAGUAGUAACUUAUUCAUCGGCCCAUCCGAUACCCCACGUGCCAAUAGGGUAAACCGAAGAGGUGAUAUCAACUCAGAAAUUCUCAGUAGUGGUGCUCGAGGCAGUAGCCGUGUGAUCUUGGACGAUGCUGGGCGUGUAGUUCGAGAAAUUCAUUCCGAUGCGGCGACAUUUUCCAACUUGAACCCUAACACGUCUGAUGCUGAUGCUCUUGGCGGUCAAGAUAAUGCGACUAUCUGGGGUACUACGGUGUCUAUUGAUGAUACCUAUGCCGCAUUCAAGGAUUUCUUACGCAAUUUCACCAAGAAGUAUCGGAUGUGGGGUUCGGGAAUGACGACUGAACAGACAGAUGCUGAUCCAGACGCAACCUCGAAGCCUUAUUGGGAGGAGCUCCAGAACAUGUUACUACUCGGCAACAGGAUUCUAUAUGUCAACAUUCAAGAUUUCAAAUUAUACCCGCCUACUAGGAAGAUGUGGCACCAAAUCCAGCACUAUCCUCAGGAAAUUGUACCACUUAUGGACCAAUCGGUCCAUGACUUGAUGAUCGAGCUUGCGCAGGCAGAGACGGCACGCCAGAGGAGCCAGAGCAAUGGGGUUUCGGCAACCCAGCGUAGCGGUGCUCCCAGUUCUGACAUGCAAGUUCCGAGCUCGGAGAGGAGCGAAGAACCCCAGCAGUCGCAGCAACGCCCACAGGGCCCUACCUUGGAGGAGAAAGUUAUGGACCAGACUUAUAUGACUCGGCCCUAUGGAUUGGACGAGGUCAUCAAUCUACGCGAUCUCAACCCUUCCGAUAUGGACAAGUUAAUCUGUAUCAAAGGUCUUGUAAUCAGGACGACACCUGUCAUCCCUGAUAUGAAGCAAGCCUUUUUUAGAUGCAGCGUCUGCAGCCACUCUCUUCUGGUGGGCUUAGACCGAGGCAAGAUUCGAGAACCAACCGAAUGCCCGCGAUAUCUUUGCAACUCGAAGAAUUCCAUGCAGAUCAUCCACAAUAGGUGCGAGUUUGAAGACAAGCAAGUUAUCAAAUUGCAAGAAACACCCGACGCCGUACCGGCUGGACAGACGCCGCAUUCGGUGUCAGUUUGCGUUUAUAACGAGUUGGUAGAUUUCUGUAAGGCCGGUGACCGUGUCAAGAUUACAGGUAUCUACCGUGUUAGCCCUGUCAGGGUUAACCCACGUCAGCGCUCCGUCAAGAGCGUAUUUAAGACCUUUGUCGAUGUUGUCCACGUUGCCAAGGUCGACAAUAAGAAAAUGGACAUAGACAUAUCUAUCCUGGACGACGAAGUCAACGACACGGAAAACAAUAUAGAAGAGACCCGGAAUAUUAGCCCUGAGGAAGAAGAGAAAAUUAAGGCUACCGCCGCUCGACCGGAUAUCUACGAACUUCUCUCUCGGUCCCUAGCUCCAUCUGUCUAUGAAAUGGAAGACGUAAAGAAGGGUAUCUUACUCCAAAUGUUUGGAGGAACAAACAAGACAUUCGAGAAAGGUGGUAGCCCGAAAUAUCGAGGUGAUAUUAACAUUUUACUAUGCGGUGACCCGUCAACGUCAAAGUCUCAGCUGCUCAAAUACGUCCACAAGAUCGCCCCUCGCGGUGUUUACACUAGCGGCAAAGGUUCCUCUGCAGUCGGUCUUACGGCGUACGUCAGUCGUGACCCCGAAACUAGGCAACUCGUGCUCGAAUCUGGUGCCUUGGUCUUGUCCGAUGGUGGUAUCUGUUGUAUCGACGAGUUUGACAAGAUGUCCGAUUCUACACGCUCUGUUCUUCACGAGGUCAUGGAGCAGCAGACAGUUUCAGUCGCAAAAGCUGGUAUCAUUACUACGUUGAACGCCAGGACAAGUAUUUUAGCAUCAGCCAAUCCGAUUGGAUCCCGAUACAAUCCUGACUUGCCUGUUCCGCAAAACAUUGAUUUACCGCCAACACUAUUAUCACGAUUCGAUCUUGUGUACUUGAUCCUCGAUCGCGUUAACGAGUCAGCCGACCGCAGGUUGGCGCGACAUUUGCUUUCCAUGUAUUUGGAAGAUACACCACAUUCUGCUCCUUCAAGUAACGAAAUAUUGCCUGUGGAGUUCUUGACGUCUUACAUCUCGUACGCCCGUACUCAUAUCCACCCGACGCUUACCCAAGACGCCUCGCAGGCACUUGUGGAUGCAUAUGUGAAUAUGCGCAAAUUAGGACAAGAUGUUCGCGCAGCAGAAAAACGUAUUACUGCUACAACGCGUCAACUUGAGUCGAUGAUCCGUCUCGCCGAAGCGCACGCCAAGAUGCGGCUCUCGUCGACAGUCACUAAAGCUGAUGUCCUUGAAGCCGAGCGACUUAUCCAGUCGGCGUUGAAGACUGCUGCGACGGAUGCUCAGGGUCGCAUUGAUAUGAGUCUUCUUACAGAAGGCACUAGUGCCUCGGAGCGAAAACGCAAGGCCGAGUUGAAGGAAGCUAUUCUACGUCUUCUGGAUGAAUUGACCAGCGGUGGACAGAGUGUCCGGUGGAGCGAAGUUAGUAGACGUAUGAACGAAGGAGCGAGUGUUCCCGUCGAGCCUGCCGAUUUUGCGGAGACGAUGAGAGCGCUCGAAAUGGAAGGCUCUAUUAUGAUUAGUGGUGAGGGAGCAAGGAGGAGCGUAAGACGGGUCACUGGCGUUGCAUGAGCUUUAUAGGAGAGGAUGUUAGGAGGGAUGAAUAUUUCUCGGCCUGGUAUUUUAGUGGUUGGAAUAACUGGUUGGCAAUACACCUAUAACUACCGGUGGUGUCUUUACGAGAUAUGGGUUAGCAAAUGAAAUGAGUUAAUGAGGUUGUAGAUCAAAUCAAUAAAGACAAAUGGUCUGUGGAAUUGUCUCUUUAGGCAACUCACCGGUUGUUAACUACCAAGAGUUAAUUACACCAUUGGCUACACUCGACUUGACUGGGUUAUAAGUUAAACUGGAUAUAUCCACUUUACAAGUCAAUAUAAAUGCAAUAAGAUCCAUAAUACAAUA